AUGAGCGCAAUUGCUUUCAGUCCCCCGGAAACCCGACUACAUCCCACUUUGUCAAAUCCUUAUAUCGUGCCUUCGCAGUCUGCCGGGCGAGAAGUGUCACCGUCUGAUCGACGAAUGUCGAGUGCCAGCGAGGCUCUCAUGGCUGUCCCAACGGUUCUGUUGCGACGCCUUCCGCGCAACACAACUCCCGAAGCCGUGCGGACAAUGCUUCUCUUUGCCAAAGACCUUCAGGAUACGGAAAUCAUCCCAAAUGAGUACGAAGAGGACGCCGGAUUCACGACAGCCAUUGCUCGAUUCGCGUCGAUGACGGGUGCUUCUGAGGCGCAGGCGAUGCUUGACGGCAAACCCAACACGGCCGGACAAGCCAAAAUGAUCGUCGACGUGAUAGCAAGUCCGACCACGGCAUCGGUACCCCGACGCAACACGAUUGAUCCUGCAUCGGGUCGCAAAAUCGCGCAGUCGGUGUCGCCGCCUCUCAGCAGCGCUCAGAAGUCCUCGCGAUUCAACGGUACCUUUCAAUCGAUGGACAAGACGUCUCCUCCUCCGGCGUCAUCUCCACCCAAUCAUACCUCGUCCGAAGCGAGUUCACAGCUACAGACCAUUUUCUCUCCUCAAUCUCCUGUGGCCAGUGCAGUGGCGGAUCGCUCUCGUGUCAGUGGCAAAAAAGUCAUUGACGAAGACGGGGGAGACGACGAGACGGGGGAACUACUCAAAGAUCCUCUAGCGUACAUGAAUAGCUCCUCUGCCACCACCGGGGGUAGGAAGCCGAUGAACCCUCGUAUUCCCACGGCGGCGUUUUCGGCGCUUUCGCUGAAUACCAACAUGACCAAUGGUCAUUCCAAUACCUAUGCAUCGCCCCGUUCUGCCGUGCAGUCUCGAACACCUCACUCCCAAUUUCCGCCGACGAUGGGUCCUAACGGACAAUAUUCGAUGCCAAAUCAGCCCUAUAUCCGGCACAACUACCCUCCGGUCAAUCCAGCCGACCAGAAUCCGCCAUGUAAUACGCUCUACGUAGGAAAUUUGCCCAUUGACACAUCCGAAGAUGAACUCAAAGCGAUGUUCUCAAAACAAAGAGGAUAUAAAAGGCUAUGCUUCCGAACCAAACAGAAUGGACCGAUGUGUUUUGUCGAAUUUGAAGACAUAUCCUUCGCCACGAAGGCGUUGAAUGAAUUGUACGGCGCUCAACUCCACAAUAGCGUCAAGGGUGGGAUCCGGCUGAGCUUUUCGAAGAAUCCGCUCGGGGUUCGAGCUGGUCAACCUGGGAGUACGAACCCAGCGACGCCUCUGAGUGCGAGUGGACCGAUGGGAAUGAACGGAUUUGGAAGCAUGACUCCUGGUGGCUUUACCACCGCCAGUGGUCCUCCUCCAGGAUUAUCAGCCCCACCAGGUUUGAAUAUGAGCAUGUCAAAUGUGAAUGGAGUCGCGCCCCCCCCAUCCUUUGCGAACCAAGGAUUCAAUAUUGGAAAUGGGACCAUGCCCAACUUGAGAGGAAUGCCAAUGAACAAUGGCGCGAGUGGGCAAGCAAUGGGUGGCAUGUAUCCGGAUUAUAUGCUUGGUCGAUAA